AUGGGUUGUUGUGCCAGUGCUGCAAAUUAAAUUUCCUUGCCUUCAAAUCACAAGCCAGAUCAGUGGAAAAAUCAGACGGAGUAAACAUAUGGAAGCAAGGGAGAUCAUAAAUAAUAACUGCAAAUGCAAUAAAAUCAACAUGAUGAAGAUGAUCAAGUUAUCUUGAUUGAUAAUCAGAAAUAGGGUAGAAUCGGCGUGAUUAUGAAACCUCGAGAUAUGAAGCAAAACUAGUUUGAAAUGGAGGGUGUUGAUGCUAGUGAUGAUCUAAUAAAAGAGUAACAAUUAGAUAAUCAAAAUGAGGUGGAGUAAUAAGAUAAUGAAAAAGCGGUAAAGGGCAAUUCAAAGCCAAGUAUAAUAAUUGUUAAUUAAUUAGAAGUUAGGCAGUUCGUAAUAGAGCAAAGGAGAAGAUUAAAGUUAUAGUAUUAUGAAUACAACGAGGAAUAAAUGAAUAUAGUUCAGGAAGUGGAAAUAUUAAUUCACAAUAAACAAUUAAAUUUAGCUUCAUUGAAUGUAAGUCAAUUUUUAAUAUCCUUCAGGAAAUUUGCCAAAAAUAUAACAAGACACUGAUAGAUGUCCUAUCUUUAAAGAACCAACAAAAUUAUUACUUAAUUGAAUUGGUCCUAAUUUACAUCAAUGAUUACGAAAUCAUCCAACAUGUUCUACUCAAUCACUCGUUGCCAGAUGAAUUCAUAUUAGAAGCGACUGCUCAUCGAUUGUUUAACAAAUUGAAGCCUUUUUUUAGCAGUAAGGAAUAACUGCAAUUGUCCAUAUAAUUCAUUUAAUCAAUAUUUCACUCCAAAGAAGUAGAGUGCAUUUUAAAGCAAAUGAAAUUUACUAAUAUUGAUACCUAUGUAGAUCUCAAGAAUUAAGAUUAAUUGAAACUGUUUGGAUUGAUUAGCAAGCUCUUUAAAAAGAGCGAAAUUGAUUAUUAUGAUUUUAUGAAAUCGUAUCGAGAGGCCAAAAAGUAUUACAGAUUUUAACACUUGAUUGUUCCUAAAUGUAUACCAUUGGGACUAAAUACAGUCAGAAUUGUCGACAAGGCUAUUUUGGAGGAAUUGUAAUUUAACAUCUUUCAUUAAAUUGCACUCUAAAAUAAAUGGGAUAUGUUUAUGCAAUAUUCUAAUGAUUAUUAUUUGAUGCCCAAUGUUGCAUAAGUGACUCCAAUGAUGAUGCUAUUCUAAAAUGCACCCAUUAGUGUCAUCAAUGAAUAUAUAACCUUAUAUCCAGAUACUUUAGAAAAGGCAUUGCAUUUUUAUUAAAGAAAUGGAAAAAACUUAAUACAUUGUUUAUGCCUUAAUAAUUCUAAAAGAUCUAUUGAUGAAAUCAAAUCCCUCAUUGAUAGCUUAAAUUAAUAUCAAGAUUUGUUAAAAGAUUUAUUGGUCUAACCCUAUAAUGAGUAAAUUCCCUUAGUCGCUUAUUUGGAUUAUUGGAAGGACCCUCAAGAGUUUUUCAUAACAUUUUUAAGCUAGCAUGUGUAAAAAGAGUUUGAUUUUUAUCAAAUUUAUUGUGAUGUUCUAAAAUCUGCGUUUGACCGAAAUAAAAAAGAUUGGAAAAAACAAAGGAUCAACCCCUCUACAUUGUACUAUCACUCAAUGCAAAAUAAUAAAACACCCAAAAGAUUGAGAAUUCAAAACUAUGAAGAAUAAAACUAUUAAUAAUAUGAUAAGAUUUAUUAUUAGUACAUUUAAGUUGCGAAAUAGUUGAUAAAGCAUAAGUUCAAAAUCAAUUUAAGUUGGAUUACUAAUUUUGAUGUGCAUUCAACACAUUAUCCAUACGAAUUUAGUGGCAUCGUGAGACCGUUAUUAAUUUAACUGAUUUAAUUCGAUUAAGUUGAUUUGGUUCAUAAGUAAGUUGAGUUAAUAAAACCCUAUUACUAAAACCAAUAAAUUGACAAUAAUAAUAAUGAAAUCAAUAUGCAAUCAUAAUUCAUAUCGAAAUUAAUCUAAAUAGUUAAGUUUGCAUCAGAUCGAUCCCAGCUAACCUCCAUUAUUGAGUAUAUCAAAUAAGCAAUUAGCUCAAAUCCUUAAUUGUUGAAGACUCCUUUGCAUGGGUAUUUCGAUGCAAAAUCUAAAUUGAAUAACUCCAUUUAUGGGUUUCAAGAUGGUAGAUCGAAAUAGCAAUUAUAUUACUUUGAUUGUAUUUAUACGCAACUUGUAGAUUUGAAUGAGAAAGCAUUUGAAUCAUGUUAUAAAGUUAACAGGUUAGAAUUUUAGAAAAAUGAAUUGGUUGGAUUUUAAAUACUUCGUAAACUCUAUCUUAAUAACAAACUAUUAUUAGUAGAUGAUGAAUUUAUAAAUCAAAUUUAUAAAAAUAUCACUUUUGUUGCUAAUUUCUAAUAAGAAAAUCCCUCUCUUCCAGAACAUCAAGGUAGGGUCAUAAAGCAAAAGUUUGAAGAACCUUGCAAAUAGGUGAUUAAUGAUAAGAUUUAUUACCAUAUUAUCCAUAAAUUAGAAGAGAAAAUCCUUCUUUAGCCUUCAAAUCAGGUGACCCAUAAGUAAACAACUAACAAAAGCGGAAAAACAAAAAAUAGAAAUAAUUAGAAUAAACCUGAUUAACCUAUCAAAAAGUAGAUCAAAAGGAUUAAAAGAGAUAAACUAGUCAUCAAUUAGAUAAAAGUGUUUUUAGUUUUGAAGGCGGUUGAUAUUCAGGAUGGUCCCACUUAUACUUUUAAGGAAUUCCUUCAAUUCUUGAAGAUAAAUUGUUUUGAGUAUUAGAUAAAGAAGGAUAAUUUGUUUGAUAAACUGUGUGAUUGUAAUUAGGAAUAGAACGUCUAAACUCUAAGUAAACUAGAGUUCAAUGAUAAUUUUCGCAAGUUCCCCAAAGGUUUGCAUCUUUUGGAUGAUUAUUUUGAUGUGAGUGUUAAUUCUCAACAUUGGACCUCCUCACUCUUCUUUAAUGCAAAAAACAUAAAAUCCGACUUCAACUUUAUUCUAGAUGUCGUAGAUGAUCAAGACUAUUUAAGGAGCAUAACUUGUACAAUCUUUAAAAUGAAAGAAGAUCAUCUUGAAAACAUCUAUAAUUGGGAGAUGGGUGGUAUGUAAGUAAAUUUCAUGGUUCCUCUAAAAGAAUACCCAGUUCCAAAGAAUUACAAAGAGAAGGCUAUCUUGUAUACUAAAUAGAAUAAAAAAUCUUUUUUGGCAUCCUUGAUCACCAUAAAGGAAUGUUACGACGAUUUAACUUAAAUAUAUCCUUAACCCUUAAUAUUUGAAUGGGUAAUUUACGAAUUAUCAUUAAAAGAUGUUGUUUAAAAUAAAUCAUUUCAGAAUUUAAAUGUAAUCUUAAAGAUUACAGAGACUUCUAGAAUGGUUUUGGCAUCUAUUUUGGCUUAGAACUUUUUCCCUUUGGAUUGGAAUCCUAAGAAAAACAAAGAGGAAAUCGAAAAAUUCAAUGACGCUUUGUUAUAGCUUUUUGCAAAUUUAGAUUACACUGAAGAUGAAAGUAGAAGGAAAUUAAGUUUACUAAAAACUUGCCAUCUUUACUCUGUCAUAAAUCUUAAAUCCUACCAGAAUCUUAAGUUAAACUUUUAAGAUCUGAAAUUGUUUGAAAUUAUAUAGGUAAUGAAUUCUUGUGGGGAUAGGGAAGUGAAGUCUGCGUUAUUGAAUGAUAUACCCCUGGAUAUAUUUGUGAAUCUGAAAAACUUAUUGAUCAAAGUAUGUUAGAAAGAUUAGGAGAUGAUAUUUCCCAUGAUAAAGAGAGUUUAGCUCUUGAAUAAAGCAGAAGAAUCUAAAAUUGUGAUGAGAGCAUUGUUGUUAUUGCGUUUCAGUUAGAAUCCAUCUAAGGCUAUUGAUAUUCUAUAGGAAGGCCUUAAAAAGUAAGAAUUGAAAGAUCGAAUACAAUUCAUUCAAUAUUUUUAUAUGAAGGCUUAUUAGAAUAGAGAUUAAGAUUCAUUAAAUCGCCUAUUGGGAAUUUUGGACAAGGAUCCGGAGAAAAACUCAAAUAAAAUGAACUUUUUGUUGGGAAAUUAGUUUAGUGUUGAUUCUGAAUACAAUAAUUAUAAUUUAGCUCUUCGACAUAAUCCUUGUUUGGUGCUCAAUAUACAACAAUACCAAAAAUAUGUAAAAUAAAACAAAUUUGAAAAAGUAAAACUAUAAAGUGACUUUUUGUUAUGUUUAAGAAAUGGUUUACAUGAGAAAGUAGAAAUGUUGAGUCAAUUAAUCGGUCCAUUUGAGUAGAUCCAAGAAAAAGACAGUUUUUGCGAACUGAUUGCUACUCUAUUAAUAGAAGCUAAUAUUUAACCUUAUAAUGAAUCAUUGAAGGAUCAUUAGGUAGAGUUUUUACAUGCUGAAUUUAAAAAAUUGAAUGAGGUGGAAAGAUACUACUUUUUCAGUUCAAAUCACUCAUACACUUUGGAGAGGAAACAAUUAAAAUAAAAGGAUUUAAUGUAAUCCUUUAUAAAUAGAGCACAGCAACAAUUUGAGUAAUCAAAGAAAAGAAUUAAUCAUCCAGUCAAAAAGAUUGAAUUCAUUUAGAAAUAAGAAUAUUAAUUACUUUAUGCAUAAAAUUAAGCUUAUUCAAAAUAAAAUUAAAAUUACUCGUGUUUAUUUCAAUCUAGUUAGAAUUCACAAUCAUAAAACUAUGACAAAUGUUUUGAGUUAGUUUAAAAAUGGGCUAAUUAGAAAAGUUUGAUUUAAAAAUCUCCAUUUUAUGAAAGAAUGUACGCUCUCAGAUAUCCAAGUAAAUAGUAGGUUCAGUAAAAAGAGUAAUUGGUGGAAAUAUUGGUCAACCACAUUUUAUUAAAAUAGGCAGGACCUAAAUUCUUAAAGCAUAAAUCCAAGGAAUAUAUCGAAUUGCUGAAAGCAAAUUGUACAACCUCUCUUAACAAAUAUGUGAAAAGUAACUUUAGAAAUAUACGUCCUCAGAUGCUGGAGUUGUUUGUAUCUCAAUUUAUAUGUGAAGAUCAGAAAUAUGAUCCAAGCAAUGACGAUUUGGAUUACAUCAUAAUGACUAUAAAAUAUCAGAAUAUCAAAUUGGUACCAAUAAUGAAAAAGAAAUAUAAGGGAUUAUUGAAAUUCAAAUUCAAUAAGGCUACUUAGUUUUAUGCUAAAAAUGAAGUGAACCUUUUGCCAGCCUCACAAUACGAUGUCUCCUGUAAGAAGUUCGAGAAGAGAAUGCAAUUCUACUCUCGAUUUAUAAGUGGAGUUGGGGCAAACUUAAAAAAUUUAACACCAGAUUAAGUGUAUUUGAUUUUUGGCAAACAUAAUCACAUCCUAUAGAAACCAUAAUUUAGUUACGAAAACUUGGUUCUCGCUCUGAUUAGUGGAAAUAUGGAAACUAUUCUUUUCACUAUACAACUCCAUCAACAACCAAAUAAACUUGUAUUGGAAUAGAAUCUCUUUUAAUUGAUUAUUUCAGGCAAUUUCACUGACAAUCUUGUGAUAAAGUUCUUCAAUAAAUACAUUAAAGACUAGGUCAAAUAAACCAAUAGAAUUUUCUAAAUUGAUAAUCAACCCAUUUUAUAUCACUUAAUGCUCAUGAGAAGACAGAAAUUAUUUGAAGACAUCUAUUUACCAUUCAUGAUUCAAAUACAUGGGCAAUAAAAGGCUCUUCAAAUUUUAAAAGAGGAAUUACUAGUUGUUGUUGGAGGAGAUAACAACUAAGACAUCUUAGGUCUAGCCUUAAUGAGGAAAAACUAUUUUAUUCUGAAUUAUUGUGAGGAUGUCAUAACUAUGAGACAUUUAGAUUUCAUUCAACAUUACGAUAUCAAUUACUUCGUAUAAAACAAAUCUUAAAAUAACAACACUCCUUAUUCUAAAUUUAUUGAAUUGUACUAAAAAUAUCUUCCUCUAGCUUGCGUAGAAUAGAAAAUUGACUCGUAGUCUCUUUACUAUUAAAAUGAAUCAGAGAAGAGUAAUCAAUAAAUAAUGAAAUCCAAUCGAAAUUAAUAAAUAUUAUCACUAAUUUAAUAUGAAAAAGCUUGUAUCAAUUUUGUAUUAAAUUUGGGUUGUUUUUACAAGUUGAGCAGCAAGGCUUUGACUCUAUAAAUGGCUCUGGAUAAAUGGUAGGUUGUCGAUAUAUAUCAUUAUAAUCCUAUUCUUCUCAAAUAGUUCUUAUUGGAAUACAAACAACCUGAUGGAUCUUAUUAAAUGGAACAGGAUGAAUAUCAGAUUCUUCUUGAACAAUGUCAAGAACAUCUCAUAUAUUAACAUCCAAUUUUUAAUGAAAUUGCUACUAUAAAUCCUAAGAUAUUCCUUAUACAUACUAACCCAGAGGUUCUAACCAUUUCCUUAGUUAUUAUUCUGAAUCAAGCUUUAUAUCAAACUCCUGAAUUAUUUGAGUAUGUAGAAUCACAAUAUUAGGCAUACAUAGAGCAAGAAUAAUAAUAAGAGCAAAUAAGAAGUCAAAAAUAAAAGAAAAGUAAAAAGAAGAAGGUAGAAAAUCAAAUUCAGAAUGAAUAGAAAAGUUAAAACUAAAGUGAGAACAACAAGCAGGAGUAAAUUUCUUAAUAAGUGGAGUAGAACGAAGAUAAUAUGGAGGAUAAGCAUANAACUUAAAAAAUUUAACACCAGAUUAAGUGUAUUUGAUUUUUGGCAAACAUAAUCACAUCCUAUAGAAACCAUAAUUUAGUUACGAAAACUUGGUUCUCGCUCUGAUUAGUGGAAAUAUGGAAACUAUUCUUUUCACUAUACAACUCCAUCAACAACCAAAUAAACUUGUAUUGGAAUAGAAUCUCUUUUAAUUGAUUAUUUCAGGCAAUUUCACUGACAAUCUUGUGAUAAAGUUCUUCAAUAAAUACAUUAAAGACUAGGUCAAAUAAACCAAUAGAAUUUUCUAAAUUGAUAAUCAACCCAUUUUAUAUCACUUAAUGCUCAUGAGAAGACAGAAAUUAUUUGAAGACAUCUAUUUACCAUUCAUGAUUCAAAUACAUGGGCAAUAAAAGGCUCUUCAAAUUUUAAAAGAGGAAUUACUAGUUGUUGUUGGAGGAGAUAACAACUAAGACAUCUUAGGUCUAGCCUUAAUGAGGAAAAACUAUUUUAUUCUGAAUUAUUGUGAGGAUGUCAUAACUAUGAGACAUUUAGAUUUCAUUCAACAUUACGAUAUCAAUUACUUCGUAUAAAACAAAUCUUAAAAUAACAACACUCCUUAUUCUAAAUUUAUUGAAUUGUACUAAAAAUAUCUUCCUCUAGCUUGCGUAGAAUAGAAAAUUGACUCGUAGUCUCUUUACUAUUAAAAUGAAUCAGAGAAGAGUAAUCAAUAAAUAAUGAAAUCCAAUCGAAAUUAAUAAAUAUUAUCACUAAUUUAAUAUGAAAAAGCUUGUAUCAAUUUUGUAUUAAAUUUGGGUUGUUUUUACAAGUUGAGCAGCAAGGCUUUGACUCUAUAAAUGGCUCUGGAUAAAUGGUAGGUUGUCGAUAUAUAUCAUUAUAAUCCUAUUCUUCUCAAAUAGUUCUUAUUGGAAUACAAACAACCUGAUGGAUCUUAUUAAAUGGAACAGGAUGAAUAUCAGAUUCUUCUUGAACAAUGUCAAGAACAUCUCAUAUAUUAACAUCCAAUUUUUAAUGAAAUUGCUACUAUAAAUCCUAAGAUAUUCCUUAUACAUACUAACCCAGAGGUUCUAACCAUUUCCUUAGUUAUUAUUCUGAAUCAAGCUUUAUAUCAAACUCCUGAAUUAUUUGAGUAUGUAGAAUCACAAUAUUAGGCAUACAUAGAGCAAGAAUAAUAAUAAGAGCAAAUAAGAAGUCAAAAAUAAAAGAAAAGUAAAAAGAAGAAGGUAGAAAAUCAAAUUCAGAAUGAAUAGAAAAGUUAAAACUAAAGUGAGAACAACAAGCAGGAGUAAAUUUCUUAAUAAGUGGAGUAGAACGAAGAUAAUAUGGAGGAUAAGCAUAUUGAAAUUGCUGAUGAAAUUGCUGAUAAGAUGGCUGAUGAGAUGGCUGAUGAAAUUGCUGAUAAAAUUGCUGAUAAGAUGGCUGAUGAGAUGGCUGAUAAAGUGGCUGAUAAAAUUGCUGAUGAAAUUGCAGAUAAGAUGGCUGAUGAAAUUUAAGGAAGGGAAGGAGUUGAUUAACCAGUUGAAGAUGGUAAAACAAAAUAGAUACAAAAAAGUAUUCUUUAUGCCUUUUAUUUAUUGAUGUGCAUUCAAAAGGACGAGUAUUAAGAAUGGGUUACUUAAUCAUAAUAGUUAAAAGUUAUUGUGGAAUUAUAUUUGAUUCUUGUAAAGCAGGAAUGCAAAAUCUAAUAGAAAAAGCCAUAUCUUACUGAGAACAGUAAGACUUUCUUGUUUUAGCAAUUAAAUAAAGAUUAUCAAUUUAAAGAAGUUUCGUAUUUUGAAUAAAUUUUAGAGAAGGAGAAUUCCAAGGAAUUAGCUAUCUUAAGAGGUAUAAUAUGUAUCUAAUAAAUUAAUCAAAUCAUCAAAGGAUUUAUCGAUAGAUUGAGUGAGGAGAUUACUACUAUGAAUAAUUUUAAGAAAAAUGUCUUCAUUGUUUUUGGAGACCAGUAGAUAACAUAUGAGGAAGUCGGUUUCUUUAUCCCACUUCAAUAAUUGGAUUAAGGAUUUUACUUAUCUGAAGAGAAGAUUGCUUAAGCUAUCCCUCAAUUAAAGAUAGCGAAUUAUUAGAUGAAUAUAGAUAUAGAAUUAAUUCAAUAUCAAGAAUUCUAAGAGAAUUGGAAGAGUUUUGAUUUCAGUUCAAUCACUACAGUUGACUUUAAUGAGAUCAUUGCAAAUGCAAAGGAGAAUGUGAUUGAGAAGUGUUUGUUCUUCAAGGAGCUUAUGGAAUAAUAAUUUGAAAAAGUUGGCAUUUAUUAGAUAGAUGAUGUGUUUGCUCCUCAUUAGCAUGAGUAAGUGCGAUAAACUGAUAUGCAACUAUUUCAAACUCAGGGACAACCUCCAUCUUUAAUUCAUUAGAGUCAGAGUCAGAUGGGUGUGUCAUAGGGGAACCAGAUACAGAGACAAUCACAUAUGAAUCAACAGCAAAUAAUGAAGGAAGAUUUUCAAUUUAUGUUUGAGUUACUGCCUGAUAAUACCUAUUAGGUGAGACAGUAAAAGAAAUAGAAAAAUCAGAAAGAGCUAAUAUUUGCCGAGUUCUAUAACUUCAUUCAACCUCAAGUAGUAAUUAAUUUAGUAAAAUUAUCAGAAGAGGAGUUCGUUGCUAAUUAUAAUGGGGAUGCUGUAAUUUCAAUAAUAAUUUAAGAUUUUUAUAAAUAUAAUGAAUUUUUAAGUUCUCUAAUUGAAUAGAAAUAAUAGCAAAAUUGGAAGUUGGAAUUUCCAUUUUAUAUUAAAAAUUAACACUUUGUGUUUCAAGAUUAAUUGUUUUCAACCUAUAAUAUUUAGAUGAUACUUACCAAAUUGGUUGUAUUUAUUGAAAAAGUGCAAUAAUUGCUGGGGAGAAGUGAGGAUAAUAGUAAAUUGGUCUGGAGAAUAAAUACAAUAUCAUUCUUAGAAGUUAUAGUGAGUAAAUUGGUUGAACUGUAAUAAGCUUCAAAUAAAAUAAUUAACAUCUAUUCAAUCAUUGAACUUGUGUUCAGUUGGGAUACGUUGAUUAUGAUUUUGCACUAAUUACUCUACAACAAUUUGAUAAAAGCAUAGUAAGUGUUAAAGGUGAUCAGAGGGGUUUAUGUUGAAUUCAAUGAAUAACAAGGGGUUUAGUUUGUGGAGAAUGAUCAAUAAAAUGGGUUGGACAAAAUCUUCUAAUUCGGAAAUACUACUUAUCUACUUUACAAUCACAUCCUGAUCAUUAGAUUGAACAUUGUGAUAGCCAGUCAGAGAUAGUAAAAAAUUCAAUAAGUUGAACAAGCCCCUUAGAUUUAGUAGAGGAAUAAAAGUGUAUUUAAGUAAGAUCCAUUUACAUAGGAAUAUUUCCAUAGCAUAAUAAAUGAAUAUGAUUUCUACAAUUAAAUAUUCAAUCCAGAAUAACUAAUUUAAUACUUGUUCAAUAAAUUGGAUGUCGAUCGACACUUGCUCUAAUAUUCAAAUCAAUUAAGCAAGACUCUCAAUAAAACUAUUACGUUGUCAGUUGAUCAUCAAUCUCUAGCCUCAAUCUUCUCAGGUGAAAUCUCCAAAAUCAAUCAGAGUAAGAAUAGCAAGACUAGAUUAAAAGAAAUGGAGUAAAUUUGGUACAUCUUAUAAAAAUUGAACAAAUAUUUUAAAGAAGACUUAUAUGGGUUUUUACAAAAGCAAUUGAAAGCUGAGAGAUUUGAUGAAAUGUUUAAUAUUAGAUUAUCAUGUUUGUUAUCUGCAUUGAGAUAAAAUCAAACAUUAAUGAACAUAAUUGUAUCGAAUACAAGAUAGUUGCAACUUAAAUAGAAAUCUAAGAUUUUAGAAAAUCUAUGUCCUGUCACUCAAAAGAGCAAUAUAAAGCUUGCAUAUCAUUUUGGAUUUUAGAUCUCCAAGAAUUAUUAUGUAAAUAAUAGUAAAUUGGGAGAUGUUUGCAUGUUAAUCUUCUGCGAGAAGCAGAGAAACAAUUUAGAACCAGGGUAAUUGGUUUACAAUUCUAAACCAGGACACCUUUUAUUUCAUAAAAUAGAUUCCAUGAACGACGAACUCUUAACACACGAGAAAAUCACUAGAAAACAAAGUAGAUAUUCUGGAUGUACAGCAUCAACCAAAGAAUUGAGAUAUGUUCAAAUUGAAGACUUAAUGUCAAUUGUAUUAUUUCAACCAAUUUGGCCAUCAGAUCCUGUCUUCAACGCAUCGAUUUUGAAUGUAUUUUUCACUGAUCAAGACGGCAACAUUUCAAUUUGCAAUGAACCAAAAUUCUCUACUAUUAUGAGUCAGAUUCAAUGCGAAUAGGACGAAUUCACCAAGUAGGAAAUGCUUGAUAAUCUCUUUGGAGUUGGUUUGGUGUCCACUUAUAGCGAUUUGAGUCUGACUUAAUUGACACCCAUCUUUCCGGAUUAAAUCAAUUUCGAUUUUUCUGCCAUGCAUCAGUUGAAGAAGCAACAAUCUUUAGUGUAGGGAUAAAACGUGUUUGUCCGAAUCAAUGGAGACAAGUUUAAACUUGAUUAGAUUGAGAUUGCAACUGUCAAUAUGGCUUGUCACUUUGAAACCAAUCAAAUAGCUCAAUAGCGACAGAAGAGCUUCAUUAAAUUCCUCAAGAAGAAUACGGAAUUAAAAAAUGUGUUCUUAAAUUUUGAUGAUCAAUUCAAUUAAAAUCCAGAGUUCUAUGUAGAUUCUAUCCUUGCCGGCGAAACCAUAUUCGAGGCCUUUUAAUCUGGUUAUUAAAAUUUCAAGGAUGGGUACUCUUAUCCAAAGAUAAAUAAUUCAUUACAACAUCUAUUUGACAUCUAAUCAAUUCAAACAAUAAAAAUCAAUUUCAUUUAGACAUACAUUGAAAAGAUUGAAUUAAUUUUUGAAAAAACCUAUGACAAUCAAAAACCAUUAAUCCAAUAUGAAGAUAGAACAUUAAAGUGCUAUACCCUUGUAGACGAGAAUGAUGUUGCCUAUGUGCCAGACUAAGGAUUGAUUGCUCAAUUUUUGUUCAAUUUGAUUCUGAAAUUCCAAGUCUAUAAGAUGGACUCCUAUUUUACAGAAGAAAACUUCCAAAUAGUGUAAGUUGGAGAGAUUCAAAUAGAAAACAUCAAAACUGUUGCUGAUAUAAUUUUAUUGGCAAAGCAUCUAUUCAAAUUGCUGAAAUUGAUUGAUGAGAACAUUAAAUUGAAGAUGUCCAUCCUCCCGUAGAACCAAAUCAAGAGUUAAUUUAAGAACACAAUCUAUCAAUUUGUCGAGGAUGGGUCUCAUUUAAUACUCAAUUAUGAAACUUUCAAUGAUUUCAACAUCUGCGAUUUCUUCUUGGAUUACCUUAAUAAUAAACAAUUCUAUCUGAGCAAUAGGUACAAUGAAAAAGUCAAAUACAGUGGACCAGAUUUAAUUGUAAUUCCAUCCCCCCUUAAUCCUAGAGAACUAUUAAGUGGGGUUGAGGACUGUCAAAAAGUUGAAUUGCAAUUGUAUGAUUUAAAGAAAGGGAAGUUAUAACGCUUGGAUGACAUAGAUCCAAAUUAGUUUGAUUAACUUUAUCUCGUCUUCAAGGUGGAUGAAACCUAUCAAAUCUUCCAAACUGUUAAAUGUUAAACUCACAAACUAUUAAGUGGCUAUCACAACCAAGUUAGCUAUGAUCAAACCAUUAGCAACUCUCAGUUCCUAUUAAUAAAAGAUUUGGAUUCCAAUAAUCCAAUUGAAUCUCAAUUAAGCAAAGUUGAAGUAGAAAAAGGCAAGUUAAAGACCAAUCUAAUGAAUCUAAUUAGGAAGGACAAAAAGAAGGAGAACCUAUAAAUUACAUAUAGAUUCAUAACUAAUCAGUCUCUCUUGGUUGAGCUUUUUAGUGAUAAGAUCCUAACAAUCAAAAUAACAUCUUAACAAUAUAGAAUCUCUAUGCUAGAUUAUAACUUUGUUAAUGAACUGAUAUUUGAGUACAUUACAGAAAACACUUAAGAUUUGAGCAAGACUACUCAUGGGAAGGUAAUAUUAGAAGGAUUGGACAAGGACAUUGAAUUUGAAUAAGAGGAAUAAGUGCCUUUUGGGGCUGGGGAUGGAAGGAUGAUGAAGCUCCUAUUAAAGAAGUCGAGCUCAAAGGCUGAUGAGGUGCUGUACCACAAAUCAUGUGAACCUAUAACUCAUUCUAAGGAUUUACAAAUAGGCAAUACAAUUAAUAUGCUAAGCAAAUAGGAAAUCCAAGCAGCAUCAAGAGCAGGAUAAGAAAGAGUUGAUUGUCUGGAAUUUAAGGAUAAUUUGGGAAAUCGAAUCAACAAUUUCUCCUAUUCCUCCUUGGUUUUUGUGCACUCCCUAUUUAAUUAAAUUCAAUACGUUCCCGAGUAAGAGAAAAUAAAUUCAGAACUGCAUCUAACUUGGACUCCAAUUUUUAAAGGAGUCUAUAAACUGUACAUUGACGACGUAAGAAUCAAGGGUAGGUUCGUUAUACUGGCUAAUGUGCCUAGUAUAUAGGAAAGUGUGAUAGAGCUUCCUCAAGAUUUGCACACUAUACCAUUUUAUGAAGAUAUUCCAUUCACAUUUUAAAUAAGGGAUGUCUUCUCAAACAUUUAUGGUGAUAUUGAAUACGAUUUAUAUUUGGAUUGUCAUUGCAAAGUAGAUGCUGCUAAAGAGGCUAAGCUGUAAGUGAGUUUCUAAAACUUGUAGAAGAGCGGAUCCAUUAAUGCAAAGGCUCAUUUCAUCCCUGAGAAUAUAGAGAUAAUUGAUCAAUAAACUGAAAUUAUUUUUAUGAUCAACAAUGACAUUAAAUUAGGUAUGAUUAUAUAAGAGUAUUUUUAUAGUGAAACCAAUUCAGAUUUCAGGGGUUUGUUUAGAAAAAAGAAAAAAAAAUUUCGAAGCAGAAUUAGACAAAAGUUUCAAGCCAAUGGAUUAUUAGUUAAAGAUUAGAAGAUUGAAUUUCUUGAAGGAUUUGUCAGAAUUAACAGAGAAGAAAAUGAAUUUAAGAUUCAGUAUUACCUUUUAGGAUGAACCUGGUAUUGAUGCUGGAGGUCUUAGGAGAGAAUUCUAUGAUAUGAUAGGAAACACCCUAAAAGACGACACCUAUAAAUUCUUCUAGCCUGUUUAAGGCAAUCUUGGAAAAUAUUUCCUACAUAGUAAUUUCAACAGAAUCAAAAAUAAAAAAGAUUAUGCUCUGCUAUUCGGAAAGGUAUCAUUUAAUUCAAAUAAUAGUUAAUUGCCAAUGCAAUUGCCAAUGGUUACUUGAUCGGCAUUGAUAUAAUAAGCCCAUUUUGGAAGGUCUUGUAUAAUGAAAAGAUCCUCUUUGAAGACUUGUUCCUAAUAUGGGAUAAAUAAACAUACUCCAAUUAUGCUAAUCUCAGAGACAUGAAUGCAGAAACACUUGAAUCUCUCUACUUAGAUUUUACUUAUUAAUUAGGUAAUUCCACCAUUGAGCUCAUUCCCAAUGGAUCUACAAUGCCUGUGACUACAAAUAACGUGCACCAGUAUUUAGACAAAACUGCUGAAUACAUUAUUUACAAAUAAUUCCAAGACAUCUACAAAUCAUUUAUUGAAGGAUUUACAUCUGUUGUCGAUUUAAAGGUACUUUGAAUUAAGAUUGCUCUUAGAUUUUCCAAAAGUGGCUGACUCCUUCUGAGAUAUCAUUGUUCACACAAGGAUUACUUGAAAUAAAGCCUGAAGUUAUCUUACAAAAAAUAACAUAUUCUGGAGGUAAGGCAAAUCACAAAUCUUACUUUGAGACCUACGUCAACCAAGCUGAUUCAUAAACAUUAAAGAACAUGUUAAAGUUCAUUACUGGUAACUUUAUUAAUCCACCUUUAGGUUCCUCUGCUAUUCCAUUUGAUUAAAGCUCAUAUAUCAUAUCAGUUGAAUUCAAAAAUAACCUGGAUACUAGAAAAUUGCCUCUUGCUCAUACAUGCUUUAAGUCAAUUGAAGUCCCAUUGUAUCCAAACUAUGGACAAAUGAAAUAAAAACUAGAUAUCGCCUUCACAAUUGGAUUAGAAGGAUAUGGAUUUGGUUGAAAGUAAUUUUAUAUUGCAUGAG